CUACAGUCUUGAAAUCAAACCACAGCAGACAGUGACACAACAAAUAAAAGCGCCCUGCAAACGCCUUGAACAUCCUUUUCAGCUUUCAAAAACACCAGCGAUACAUUUUCUUUUUCAGAGUGUAGUUUAAUAUUGAUCCACUUCAAAAAUUCAAUUUCAAAUAAUUUGUUUCUUAUUUGUUCGGCUUUGCUUGUGUUGAAACCACUUGCUUACUGUUUUUUAGGUGUAGGCAGAGAGACAGAGAGAAAAAAACAUACCUUCACUCCCGUCCAUCGUGCGGUGUUGAAUCCUAGCCUUUCGCACAUCUUCUACAUCUUCCUUGCCCACAUCCUUGCCCACAAGCAUCCGACAAAAUGAGGACGAUGGCAGAUAUGCGACGCGAACAGGAUGACGCGAAAUCGGGAAAGGGCAAAGGAAAGAAAGGUGUGGAAAGCUACAGCGGAGGAGAGAGGAGUGGGUAUUUUCGGAGUUCGAGUUGUUAAGUAAUUAUUCGGAAUUAACUCAUCAAUUGAUCUACGUCUUAAGAUCUUACAAUCACAAACUAAAGAUCCGAUAGGGCAAGGAAUACUAAGUAAUUUGUUUUGCUCAGAUAACGAGCAGAGCAGGUUAAUAGUAUGAACGGGCUAACGUCCGCGCCAUCCCCGUACGUAGAAAAGUCAGGAAAAAUCAAAAGACCAGAAGAAAGAAAAGUAGACUAUAAGAAAAGUAGUUCUCCGUUGCCUCACAAUUCUGAUUGUGGUUGCCAUGGAGAUAUAAUCUUGGCAACGUAGCUACGGAAGAUCAUCAGAUCAGAAUUUGAGCCAACAAAAGAAGAUCAGUUAGGCCCAGUAGUUGACAAGCCAGAAAGAAGAACAAGCUCAAGGUCUAGCUGGUCAGCACUUUAGGCUGGAGAAAAAAUAAACAACAAGUUAGAUCAAGAUAAGACCUAGCCUACUGUUUGUCAAGUUUAAAGAUCCACUGAAACUUAGGUGGUUAACAAAUAAAAAACUGGCUAUUAGGCGAACGCGACGAAUGUGAGGAAGUGUUCGCCGGCUAGAGAGAUCAACUCGAGAGAUUAAUGUGAAUUAUCGUGGCUGGUGUAGGUUUGGGAUAAUUCGGAAUUAACUCAUCAAUUGAUCUACGUCUUAAGAUCUUACAAUCACAAACUAAAGAUCCGAUAGGGCAAGGAAUACUAAGUAAUUUGUUUUGCUCAGAUAACUAGUUCUAAAAAUUUUCUGCCCCACCACCACCCCCCUACAUAAUGCCAGGAAGGUCUGCCAGGUUGCUGGCCUUCAUAGAAGACAGAAAAAGUAGACCAUCAAGCGAGUUUGUCGCCUUUAGCGAUCAGUUAAAAGCAGCGCAGCCUUGUAACCACAAGAAGCAUAGUAUAAGCGUAGAAGAAGCGAAUUCUAGAACAAGAGAAGUAGCGGCUAGCCGUUCAGCAUCCCGCGUAGAGGUGAAGAAGAGCGAAGCACUUCGAUUACCAGUAGAAGCAUUGAAGAAGUUUAGUAAAGGCCUUAAAAUCGAACAAGGCAUAACGCAACCUGCAGAAGAAGCAUUUGGUCUACCUUUAGACUCAGAAGACCAGCAGCUCGCAGAGUUACAUCCCCCUCCCCCCGUGAAUGAUGCAUUUAUCGAAAAUAAGUGCAAGGAAGCUUUUGCGGCUAUUCAAGAUGGCGAAGUAGUGAGGACCGAGCUUCCGGACCUGAAUUCUGAAAAGAACAAGAGCAGGUGCUUUAAUCGACAAUUAGACAAAGCUAGCGCAUCUUCAUCAAGUGCUCCUUUUGCGCCAGCAGCUCGCAGAGUCGGGCCAGGUGAUUUAGUAGAUUGGGAAACUACACUUCAACUGAUCAAAGAAGAACUUCUUCAAUUCCCGCAGCGACGCCCCAGUGAUAUUCCUGCGGUAGAUGGCCUAGCUGAUGAGUUCAAUAACUUCAUCGAAAAAUUGGAUGCGGAAAUCAGUUUGUUCGACAAGCAGUCAAGAUUGGCUGCGUCAUCGCUUAGAUCAUAUCGUUCCGCAUAUAAGAAGUUCAUCGAGAUGAUGUUGAUCAUUUCCCUCCACCCUCAUCCGAAUCAUAUUAAUGUCAGAUCUGUGCAAUUGCUCGCGCAGGCGUUCCAGAAGUGUAGACAUUUCCAGAAGUCGAAGGCGCAGUAUAUCGAACAGUUCAAAUGCUUUGCAGAUUUGAUUAAACCUAUGGAAUCAUCUACACGUAGAGCAGUUGCGCAUAUACAGAGGAUGUUUCUUCGGUCACGGCCUAUGCAGUUUCAGCAGCAAGGGGUGAGGUUAAGCCACAUUAUGUGUAUGGUCCUGCACUUGACCAUCGUACCGUUGGCAACUAUUGCGGUAGGAGAUAAAAAAGUACAAGCCGUUCCGUUUCUACGGUUUGCUAUUUUUUGCUGGUUCUACAUGAUGCGACUGGAUGAAACCGCUACAACUACAAGAGAACUCACAAGGAUUAGCUGCAAAAUAAUAGUAGACUCUUCGAAAGACAACCAGUUCGGCACGAAGAUCAAGACAACGGAACUUCAGUGUUGCUGCGACACUGCGCCAGCCAUAGGAGCAGGGUUUAUAAGAAUUUGUCCUACUUGCUGCUGCUCUGAGAAAGAAUUCGCAUAUUUCUCAAACGUUCCAUCGCGGUCGCUUCUAGUGCUAAUGGAAAAUCUUCUGCGCCUAACCAAUGUCGUUAGUCCAUCAGACGGAGGAGAACAAGAAAAGAAAGUGAUGACGCUGCACGCUUUGAGAAUAGGAGGAGCUAGAUCGGCCGCUGAUGGCGGCCUUGAAGACCACGAUAUCCAGACUGUAGGCAGAUGGGCUUCAUUGGAUAGUUUGCAUAGGUAUAUGGGGAACGCAAGAGCAGCCCCAGACUCGGUAGGAUUGCGCUGGCCACUGAAGAAGCCGCUAAUCUUCGGACCAAGGGAUACUAGUUGGGCGAUUGGCCCAGUCAGCGGGGUGUCUCCAUCAACAAGCUUAGUUUGUGCUGAUUCAUCAACUUCAAUGGCCAGCCAAGCUGGUAGUACCGGCAGACCUUCCCCAUAUUAGAUCAAGAGAAAGAUACGUUAAACACACUCCCCCUAACAUACAAAUAAGCAGGUGAUGCUUAGUGUUAGUAGAUGUUUGUUUAUUGUUAGCAGCCCGUUUUUCGUUUUUAAAUAAUUUCAGCAAUAAGUCCUUGGAUUGAUAUAGUUGUUUCCUUUCAAAAAAAUGGACGGACUUCAAGCCUUCGGCCCAGUGCCCGAAGAUGGAGCCGCGCCGGUCAUCUUCGCAGCCGACCCGAUUCCUCAGAAUGCACUCAACGCAAUGAUCCAGAUGAGCGACAAUAUUGCUAGGCAACAAGCAGUGCACGAGAAUGAGGGACUCGGUAUUCCGACAGAUGGGCAAGUGCAGUUGGUCACUGAGCGUUGUCAACUGCUACGGCACAAGUGUACCCCAGCGCAAUAUCUAUUCUUAUUGCGACAGCUGCAAGCGUACAACUACGAUAAGUUAUUGAAGCCUCCGGCUUCGCUCAAUCUGUUCCCCUUGGCGCUAGUGGCAGCUUUUAGAUGCGCGCAAAUUAUUGAUGAUGUAGAUGCUAACACGCUGCAAGAAACCAUGAUGAAGGCAGUAACAGGCUCCUUCGACCCAAAAAGUACAGAGACGAAGCUUUCGCUAGCAGCCGCUUACGACCUUCUUAAUUCGUCAAUGAAGGCAAACCUUGCGCAUCCUGCACCAGUCGCACCAGGACCGAACGUCCAGCAGAGGCAACUACAGGCCACGAUAGUUGGCAACGUCCUACCAGAUCUCAUCUCAAAUGUAGCAAUUGAGAAGAGACGAGCCGGUCUUGAAGCCGAGCUCGCGAGGAAAAUGAAGAAUGAAGUGGCGCAGAUGGUGCAGAAUCAAGCGGCAGCCAAGACAAAACAGUUAGAAGCCGAAACUCGGAAUCUCAAAGCAGCAGGCAGAGGAGCGGCCAGAGGAGGAAAAUCUAGAUCUAGAUCUAGAGGUAGAGCCGAUGGCGAUGAGAAACACAAGGGACGUUAUAAGCAGCCGGGGGAAUUAGUCUGCCUUAAGUGGAUGAAGGGACAGCGCAAGGGAAAAAACUGCCCAGAAGGACGACAGCAUUUUGGAGAUCUGAAAAGACUAGAAUUCGUGAACAAAGAUACACUAAAAGGAGCUUUAUCAAGUGAAGAAGUGAAAAAACUAGCUGGCCAGUGACAAGAUCAAAUCGUGAGUGUGACAGAACUGUUGAAAAAAUCAAAAAAAUAAAAAAGAUGGGGCCGCGAACUAGAAGAAAUAAGUGCAAAUAGAUCUCUUCCCCCUCCCCCCCCCCCUUUCAUGUGAUGCAGACCGCUACCCUUGAUAGAAAGAAAAAUCAAUUGCAACAAAAUCAUGCAAGCCUUUAACCUGUUCCAAGUCCCAGAUCCCUUAAGCUCAGUUUAGAAGUUUUCAAGUUAACAAAGUUCACCCAACCUUUGAGGCGGUGCGCAACUGCUUCCCACCAGAGCUUUGGACUCGAAAUUAGUGCAAUUUUUGAAAGUUUUUGACCCCAUAAACCCAAAAAAAAAAAAAAAAGGAAUGACGCAACUGCGAGAUGGCGUCAUCAUGAGAAGCAUGGGGAAUGUUCAAAAAAAAAGCAAAAGUGUCUAAGUAAAAGAUCGCAGCGUCUCAGGACAUAAAAGCCUAAGCAUGAAGCAGAAUAAAAGUAUCUUUCCAAAAGCAGAACAGGAAGCCAGUUGGCUUUUAUAAGCAAUAUUUAAAAAAAAUAAAAUAAGUUUCAUUUAAAGUGCUAAGGCGCACUCAGUUUUUAAAAACAUGCAGCUGGUUGAAACUGAUAUUUCUAAAAUUCGUUUCUCCCAAAAUAAUAUUUCCAAAUAUUUUAUUGCUGGCCCUCGUGCUGGCCAGUCAAUUUCCAGUGCGUUUAAUCAUAUUAACAAAAGACGCGAGCUACGUGAUGAAGAACUAGAUAUCACAGGUUACUUCAUAGGAGAUCAAUUAUUCACUGCCAACAAUAGAACAAUCGCCGCUCUUCGUAGUCUUCAGCUGCGGCGAGGUUGGAAAAAGCUCACGAUUAGCGUGAAAAUCACAGAGUUCGAGGGCCACGAGUGGCGACAUACAACUAUCAACGACGGCAAAACGAUCCAGAUCCGGGAGAAAUAAGAAAAAUGAAAUACAACAUGACGCUCUUAACCUUCCCCGAGUGGGAGAAGGUGGAAGACGCUUUCCGAGAAGAAGAGAAGAAAAUCGUCCAAGGACAUGAUCAUGAGGAACCUCUAUACUACCGGCCCCAGAAUGAAGACGGCUCUUGGCAAUACGACUUCGAAGACGUUACUCCCGCUUUUGUCCGGCAGCAAGAAAGAAUUUGGAAAGAGGUUCGCCAGCUACGAUAUGGAGAGUUACGCCAAAAGUAUGCUGCUGAUCUGCUCCAGAUCAAACGAAGCAAUUAUCUGGAACAGAAAGCAGCAGAGGAUGCGGAAAAGAAGGCCGAAAUCAAUCAAGAAGUCCCUACUAAUCCUCCCCACCCCCCCAACUCAAAGAAAUCUUCUUCAACCAUAUCGGCAUCAGCGUCACAAAGUAAGAGGCCAGAUUACUCGCUCUUCUGCGGCGAAGAAUCCCGAGCUCUCAAGAAAUGCAGGUUCGGAGUAUCAACAACUACAUCACAAGAAGAGCUUCCGCCUGUGUUCCAGACUGAAGGCGGAGGAACAGCCCUCAGCUACCAGCCAUCAGUACAAACGGACAGGAUUGCAGAUAGAACGAAGCAAAAAAUUCCCCUUUUAUCGACAGGUGGUAGCCGGGCUGAUUCCUCUAAUGCCUAUUCGAAUAUUUCGGGGAACAACGACGAAAGUAACUUCUUCGAUCCGAUACUCCAACAAGAUGCAGCCCGUGACUACGGGUCCGGGCCCAACAUCCCGCGCUAUUUCGAUGCCACAGUCACGAAGACGAAAAUAAGCACAGAAGACGAAAUCAAUCAACAAGCUUCACGCCUUGCGUCCUGGUUAAUUGCAACCGAAGCACAGUCCAGGUUGGAGAGUAAGGAGAUUUUCGGUAAGAUGCAGCCUCAUCUCCAAAUCGCGUACUCUGGAAAGAGUUUCGCUUUUGCUCACAAACUACUGCAGUCAGCAGUUGAAAUUGCUCGCGCUUCCGAUAAAAUCAUCAACGACAGCGCCGAAAUAGUUCUGAAGUGGAAAGAUAAACUUGUAGCCGGAAUAGCGAUGGAAGGUGAAGUUGAGCCUUCGGGUUUUUGGAGGCUAUUACCCGAAGAUAAAGUGGACGCUCAGAGAGCCCUAGCGGCCGAAGCAGCACGUCGUGAGAUGCUGCCGCCUGAAGAUGACCAUUGGGCCGAAGAAGAAGACGCCGCCACUUUAUGGAAGCAAAAGAAUAAAAUGCAGGAAAAGGGUUUGUGGCUGCCAAUGGCUAGCAGCUCCCUCACACGUCUUGGAGGAGCUAAGCCUUUCCCGGUGCAUCAGCCUACACAAGAAAAUCCAAAUAAAGUGCGCUGUUGUGUAGACCUAAGAGGCCAGAACCGCAUGCAGGUAGUGAAAGAAAAAAUGCGUUUACUUGGCGCAAGAGCUGCAAUUGAGCUCACAUCUGCUUGCGUGUCUACUUCUACGAAUUGGAAGAAGCGCCCCCUCAUGCUGCAGACCAAGCAUGACGUUAAGGAAGACGUGGAGAUUGAAAAGCGGCUGCGGAGUCUCUUGGAGAAAGACCAAGCCCAAUUACAAGACGAGUUUCAGACAUUCAACAAGCAUCAGUUUAAGCCGCCCGAGGACAAGCCCAAUCUGCGCUAUUCUUUUACACCGGUAAUGGGAAAAAUCGAUAUGGAAGGUUACUACUUCCAACACGGCACAAGAUCCCCCUUUGCAAAUUGCAUGUUUUACCCGGUGCCGCAUAGCGUCCCAGAUUCGGAAUUGCAGCCGGAAACAGUCCACCUCGCUUCCAAACCUGACAAGGAUGGCAAACGACGCCGUUGGCAACUGAUAGCUUCCUCGGUCUGCUUGUUCGGAGCGCUGUCAAGCGUCCACGAGUGCGUGCUCACUAGCGAAGUGCGUCAACUAAUCAUAGUGGUCUUAUUAGAGGUCAUUUGCAUAAUUUACAUUGACGACCUACAUCCGCAAAUGCGGCCGGCGUGCGCUGAAAAACAGCUCGAGCUCAUCAAGUUGUAUUUACAUUUGGCAGGUUGGUGGCGUUCGCCCUUUAAGGACGACAGGCAUCAUCGUUUCCAGAAAUCCAUCACGGUGCUUGGUCUUGCCUACACGAUCACUGAUACCGAGAAUAAAUGUUUGGGCAUGACAGUAGUCGUCAACAAGGACAAGGUUCACAAGUGCGUCGCAGAUGGUUUCAAACUGCUCGAGCAAAUCAAUGGCGGCAAAAUUGACUUCGACUUGCUAGUGUCGUUUCGAGGCCUCUUUCGACAUUGCGCCAUGCUCGACCGUUGCAAACUGUUCAUCGCAAAAGGGCUAGAUCACUUUGUAGCAGAAUUUGAGUCGGCCAAGAAGGUCAUCGUUGAACGAAAUCGAGCUGCGCGCGCCGUCUCUCUGAUGCUGUGGGCACUCGCUCGGAUCCGCCCUUUUUGGAUGAGCCAGCUGAGAGUGGAUAAGGACGUCGCCCACUCCUAUUCCGACGCGGCGUUGGAGGACGUAGUGGGACUCAAUGAGAAGCUCAAAAAUGGACAGUUUGAAAAUUUAGAAGCCCACCAAAUCGCGACUGGUGGAUAUAUUUCAACUCCGAAGGGCGCGCGCUUCUUCCGUAUCGAGAUUAAUAAGCUCCCGCGUCACUUAGCUGGCACCUACAUCCAUAUCGGAGUGCUAGAGGCGCUAGCUGUCAACGUCUCCAUCUAUUUAUGGGCUAAGAUAAUGGCCAACUACUUCAUGAUCGGCCAUGUGGAUAACUUGGGGGACGUGUUCGCGUUAGCAGCUAAUAGCACUCGAUGCGCGAGAACGCAACAAGUCUCCUCGUCUAUUCACGAGAAAACGCAGGAACACGCCAUAGAUUUCUACUUCACAUGGAUUUGCAGCGAUCGAAACUGUAGCGAUCCUCUCACCAGAAAAAAGAGGUUCGAAGUUUUCAAGUCCUUCUUCGCUGACGCUGUAGAAGAUUUUUUGUCCCCUCAGUUGAUUCAGGAUAAUACUCACCUUUGGGGACGUGAGUUAGCUAUCGCCUCGAACAACUGACCGCUGCUACCAGAUUCCACACGGUGGCCUCAUUCUCCCCCUUUGCAUAUCACUUAUAUCAGUUUCUAACAGUUUAAAAACAUACAAACGCAAGAACUUUGUUAACCUCCCCGGCUCCGUCCGAAAAUACGAACUUGAUACAUAGGGCACCCCCCCAAUACCAAACAGGAAGUGCUCAGAUCAGUUAGGCCCAGUAGUUGACAAGCCAGAAAGAAGAACAAGUUCAAGGUCUAGCUGGUCAGCACUUUAGGCUGGAGAAAAAAUAAACAACAAGUUAGAUCAAGAUAAGACCUAGCCUACUGUUUGUCAAGUUUAAAGAUCCACUGUAACUUAGGUGGUUAACAAAUAAAAAACUGGCUAUUAGGCGAACGCGACGAAUGUGAGGAAGUGUUCGCCGGCUAGAGAGAUCAAUUCGAGAGAUUAAUGUGAAUUAUCGUGGCUGGUGUAGGUUUGGGAUAAUACCGAGUAAGAAAAAGAUAAUUGCAGAUGAGAAAAAUAACCGAAAGUAGAUUUCGUUCUUGCUGCAUGUUGAUAUCGAUUUCUUCCACCUAUCGACCUUGAGAGUUGAAAGACCGUUCCCAAAACGUCCACAACGACAGUAUGGCAGUAAUGCAGCCAGGCCAAGAGCCUUCUUCCGGUAACGGUGAUGACGUGUGGUCUGCGGCACGUGCAGCUGGAGCAGUCUCAAACGACGGCUUGCCGGAUGGAUCUGCGACAAUAACGUUGUGGGCUGACGGCUUCACCGUAAAUGACGGCCCUCUGCGACCCUUAGCCGAUCCGAAGAACAAGAAAUUCGUCGACGACAUACAAAAAGGAGAAUGUCCGGAAGAAUUGAGGGAAGGUAAUUGAUUUCAUAUUUGGCAUCUGUUGAAAAUGUUGUAAAUAAUGAAGGUCAAGGACUCUUUCAGAUUCUUCUAGACGUUUUUCACAAUUUAAAUUCAUCUCUUCCGUUCAUCUACUUGUCGAAUCCCCGCGCUGCUCUUCUCGGCUCAUAUUCGAACACACAUUCAAACUUCACAGGUUCAAACGGACAGCCUGUAAGUAUAGCAGUUAAAGAUAACAGACCUCGUAAGUAUGAACCACCUAUCGGCACCACGGCUGGCGCGCAAUCAUCAAGCAGCACUAGGCCGAUUCAACCGGGACAGGCAGGUACAACUGGUUACAUUGUCAUUGAGAUCGGUUAGUUUUUGAUUCUGAUUUUGAUCAAUUUUUUUAGCACUUCAUCAAGGUUUGAGCCCAAAAGCUUUUUUUCAUGACUUCCUCCAUUAAUCACCCGUCAUUCUCCUCACCAGAUUUGAGCCAAGGAGCGACAGCAGGACCCACAGCGACAGGAACAGCCUCAGUAUCAGUUGACGAGGGAAAGCCUGUCACAACCAUCAUGGUCCGAUUUGGUGAUGGGAGGAGGCAGACUCAGGUACUGCUACUGAGUACUCUUAUUUGGUUCUAUGAUCGGAUCAAGUUCAAGCUUGUUGAUGUUUCUUUGGGUUCUAUCGUCCUUACCCAGUAUCCACUAUUGAAAUUGAGUCCAAUUAACUUAUGAUUAUGAAUGGUACGCGUCUCAAAACAUCAUCUUACUAGAAGACGCACAGGAUCGAAUGUUGUAUCUGACAUUACCGUCAUUUACUCAUUCCUUAUAUAUAGCAAUAGCAUAAAAACCUCCACCUCAAAGGAAACCUCCACCUCAAAACACAGCAAUUCAACGAAGAUGCAUUGGUUAUGGAGCUCUUCAAAUUCGUCGAAGAAUGCACGGGCACAGCUGAAUUCAAGCUAACCGAAGGCUUCCCGCCAAAGCCGAUCAUAGACAAGACCGCUACUCUGAAGGCAGCUGGUCUACUAAAGGCCUCGAUCAAUGUGAAGAAUUAAGGAGGAGAAAGUGUUGAUGUUGAACAAGAUGUAGACACCACGGACAAAAGACUACAUCACAAGGCGUAGGCCAUUUCCAUUUGAUAGCAAUGUAGUAGUUCAUUUUGAAUUUGUGUGAAGAUAUAAUUUUUUUAGUCCUCACAUGUAUGGCGACCCUGACCCUGACCCAACACAGCAUUACACACCAUUGGCCCGAAAAAAAGACUUAUAUCAUCUGACUGGCGCUUAACAGCAAGCACGAUUUCUGACACCGCUUUAACUUCAAAGUUGUUUUCGUAGAAAGAAAAAUUUCCUGAACAUGUCAAAAUCCUCAGACCUUCGUGCUGUCCGCACCUCCAUGGGCUUCGACGACGAGUGACGAUCCCUUUUUAGUUUCGCAUUGGUGUGCAAGCUUGCUUGUAGUUAGCUGUCACCUGCCCGUGAAACAACCCAUGGCCCUGUUUAUGGCCACACUUACGAGAGAUACUCGUCUUUAUGUAUCAGAAUCUGAAAUCUCUUCCGCGACUUCUAUAGACCAUUGCAAUUUUUGAAGAAAUCGAAGCCAG